AAUUCCCCAUCUCCACCAAACAGUCCUAUUUCACCAGAAAAAGAUGCGUCGGGUUUCAUAAGGGGAGGAAAGAAGAAGAAGCAAAACAAGGUCGUAAACUUAGUUGUUGUUGAUCGAGAGAUAGUUAGGAAGAGGAGAUCAUGGUUGCACCUCAAAGCACCAAGCUUCAACAGACUCUGCAGGAGGUGGUGCAAAGCGUUCAGUGGACUUACAGCCUCUUCUGGCAGCUAUGCCCUCAGCAAGGGAUUUUGGUGUGGGGGGAGGGGUAUUACAAUGGGGCGAUAAAGACGAGGAAGACGGUGCAGCCGAUGGAGGUGAGCACGGAGGAGGCAUCGCUUCAGAGGAGCCAGCAGUUGCGGGAGCUCUACGAGUCGCUGUCGGCUGGGGAGGCCAACCAGCCGGCACGCCGGCCGUGUGCUGCUCUCUCACCGGAGGAUCUUACCGAGUCCGAGUGGUUCUACCUCAUGUGCGUCUCCUUCUCCUUCCCACCUGGCGUUGGCUUACCAGGAAAGGCAUUUGCCAAGCGAAGACAUGUCUGGCUCACACGAGCAAAUGAGGCUGACAGCAAAAUCUUCUCUAGAGCCAUCCUUGCAAAGCAGAGUGCUCGCAUUCAGACAGUGGUGUGCAUUCCACUCAUGGAUGGUGUCCUUGAACUUGGCACCACAGAAAAGGUUGAAGAAGAUAUCGGGUUAAUCCAGCAUGCAAAGAGUUUCUUUAUGGACCAUCAAGACAUACAUCCCAAGCCCGCCCUUUCAGAGUACUCAACCUCUAACCCCACUGCAUGUACUGAGCAGCAACUUUUACAGACUCAAGCAAUUCAACAAAUGAGUGUCGAUCCACAUGGUUCCAAUCAAGAAGAAGAAGAAGAUGAUGAUGAUGAUGCUGAUGAUGAUGAAGAUAUUGAUCAUAAUGAUGUUGAUGAUGAUGGUGAUGAAGUCGAGGUUGGUUCAGGUUCAGAGGCUGAGACUGGGAGAUAUAAUGCUGGGAUUUCAACCCAACUAAUCCCACCCAGCUUGGCAGCAGAUGAGAAAGCAAUUCCUGCAACUGAGCCGAGUGAGUUGAUGCAGCUUGAGAUGUCAGAAGGCAUCAGAUUGGGCUCUCCUGAUGAGUGCUCCAACGACUUAGACACAGAACUACAAGUGCUCGCAGUGUGUCACAACAGUGAACAAUCUAACCAGCAACGACGUGAUGACUCGUACCAAGCUUGGAAUUUUCUACAUGAUGAUCCCUGUGAUGGGUUCCCACUAUCAUCAGCAACUCAAAUCCAAGAAUUGUCUCCAGAGGACGCCCACUAUUCUGAGACAGUGUCUACUAUCCUACAGAACAACUUGAGCCGAUGGGUGGAGUCAAACUCUGUGGGUUACCUUCCUCAUUCUCAACAAUCAUCAUUCUCUAAAUGGAACUCCAGAAGAGAUCAUCACCUUAAUGUGAUAUCUGAAGGAACUUCUCAGUGGCUGCUUAAAAAUAUCUUAUUCAAUAUUCCUAAUCUUCAUUGCAAGUACAAAGAUGAAAACUCACCUAAGUCAAGAGAUGGAGAAGGGGGCAUCAGGAAAGGUAUGCCUCAGGAAGAAUUAAGUGCCAACCAUGUUCUUGCAGAGCGUCGGAGAAGAGAGAAGCUCAAUGAGAAGUUCAUCAUCCUACGUUCAUUGGUCCCAUUUGUGACCAAGAUGGAUAAGGCUUCAAUCUUAGGUGAUACAAUUGAGUAUGUGAAGCAACUCAGGAGGCACAUACAAGAUCUUGAAUCAAGAAACAGCCUGAUGGAAAGUGAGCAGUGGUUGAAAGCGACACAAAUCCACAAGCCAGGCAAUUUAGAAGGCCAAAGUGUCAAAAAAAGCAGCAGCUCCCCCCAAAGCAAUACAGUGAAUCACAUCUUCAGCAGCCAAAACAGGGUUGCGUCUUCGGAUAAGAGGAAGAUAAGAGUGCUAGAAGGGGGAAAGGGGACAGGAAAGCACUCCAAAGCUGUGGAAGCUCCAAGUACCAAUGUGCAGGUCUCCAUAAUCGAAAGUGAUGCGCUCCUGGAGUUGCAGUGCCCUUACAGAGAUGGACUACUGCUUAAAAUCAUGCAGACACUUCAUGAGCUCCGGCUAGAGAUUACUUCGAUACGGUCAUCAUCGGCUAAUGGUACAUUUAUAGCAGAAAUGCGAGCUGUGGUGAAAGAGAUCCGUGGCAAGAGAGCCGGUAUUGUCGAAGUAAAAAAGGCAAUUCACCGCAUAUUCUCGCAAUAUUAAUUUCUAAUAGUAACACUUAAAAGAUGGCACAAAUAAUCUGGUAGAAAAUGAAGUUCAUUUAUCUAUGAUCUAUGUGUAAUGUCAAUGACUACUGUUGAUACAGAGUUCUUAUGGCAGGCUAAGGAUAUAUGUAUUCCACCACAACAAGAGUAAAUAUGUGAUCAGGUCAAUGUUAACAGUUUUCAUGACUUCGUUUGACCUUUAAGAUUGUUUGGCAAAGGAAGCCCAAAGUUAUAGGAAAUGACAUAACUGUAGCUCUCCCUGAAAUCUGUUGAUCUCCUGACAAUGUACUGCAAGGCUUGAAAUCAUUCGAUGUUAGUCCCA